UCCAGUCUUACCACCGUGGCAAGAAACCGCCAUUGUCAGGCUGUACAUGUUUAGCUUAUCUAAAUUCCGAUUCUGGUAAAAGAAACAAAGAAAAGAAGCUCUAAAUCGAUCCUUUCACGUUUUCUUUCUUUGCUUCUAAGCUUUUCUCUCCAUGUGUUCUUUACUUCGCCACUAAUCUGCCGUGCCGCCGAUAUCAUUGUCCGGCAGCCGCGCCGAGGAGGCGAAGUAGUCCAAGGAGGAGAAAAUGCAGUGUCCGAGCAACUCUUUUCGGUACAAUGGAACCUUGUGCGCCUGCAACCCUGGUUACGUGUUCGACGCUGCUCGCCGGAGCUGCUCGCUCUUCGCCGACUGGGGUCCAAUUGAGGUGGAAUCCGGCGUGGACUACAACUCCGUUUCCCUCCCUGGCAGUAGCACUAUCUUCGACUUUGAUUCCAUGAAGAAGCUCACCCAUUCGCAGUCUGUGAUCCUUCAGGCAACCUUCGUUUUAGUCCUCUCCUGGCUCGUCGUAUGCUUCUUAGCUCGUUUCGCUCCGCUAGGCGAUGGACGCUCCUUAUGGUUCCAGAUCCGGUGGUGGAUUAGCCGCCUCGACAUCUGCUUCGCCACUCGCCAUUUUCUUGAUGACCAGAAGGUAGUUAAGAAGCGCAAAACAGAGCUGGGCGGAACUUGCUCGAUAGCAAGUUUGAUACUUUUUAUUGGUCUAUUUGUUGCGUUGCUUUACCAACUCAUAUCCAAGAGAACCAUCGAGGUGAAUAACGUAAGAGCAACAAAUGCACCUGAUUUAGAAGCAUUCAGGAAUGAUCUUGAGUUUAAUAUUACUACCAUUUCAAGCAUGACUUGUUCACACUUACGAGGUCUUGAGACAGUUACAAGUGGGAAUCCUGGCUUUGUUGACUAUAGAGUGGCUCCUCUGUCAACCUUUGCUAGCCAUUCAUGCAUAAACACCACUAAGGGACCGACUAUUAUUCUUAAGUGCACAAAUUGUCCGCUUACACGAGACAGUGCCUUUGUAUCUUGGCGAUUCAUUGAUCUUCCAAAUAGUCCUGCAACUGCUGUUGGAUUUGAGUUUAACCUAACAGCAAAAAAUCCAGCAAAUAAGAAGCACCUGAGUUUUGUCAGUGGAACACUGAGAAAUGGCAGCAAUGUUGGCAACAAGCCAGUUACAUAUAGAGGGACAACUCCGAAUAUAUUAAAGUUCAAUGUAUUUCCUAGAAUUUACCGUAAUAUGGAUAACUUGAGACUCAUCCAGCCGCUAUUUCAUGAGUUUCUCCCAGGUUCAUCUUUCAAUGAAGUAAAUCAACUUCAAUCAUCUCUCCAAAACUCUAAUGAUGGCCUCGUCAACACCACAUUAUAUGUCAGUUUUCUUUCUUCAUAUAUUGUGGAGAUCGAUAAUGAAAACAUUAUGGGUCCUGUAAGCUUCCUUGCGGAUCUUGGUGGCCUUUAUUGUAUCAGCAUUGUUAUCUUCUUCUACAUGAUGAUGCAGUGUGAAAACAGGAUAAAGAGAUUCCGCAACGAGGAUAGUGUGAUACGAAUGGUUAGAAGUCGUAGGAGAGCUCAAGAUCACUGGAACAAGUUAAGGAAGUAUGUGAUGUACACAUGGGGACCUAGCGCAUUGGAAGACAAGUUCAACAAUGUGAGAGAUGAUGGGUGUUGCACUGGUGCUGCAUUGGAAUCAUUACAUAAAAAGGGUUCAUUGCACAAGCAAAAAGAGCAAAGGAGACUAGAUACCAUAAGUUUUAGCACAAAAGUUAGCUUGCCAGACAAUAAGAAUACUAUCAUAGAGCAGACUGGUCAUCAGAAGGUGGCACAUCCUGUAUCUAUCCUGGAAAAGAGAUCAUCCUCAAAGGUAGAACUGGAAAAUAUUGUAUCUGAAAUUAAAGAUGGAACUGGCUUGCAUUUUGCAGUUGGUGAUUUAGAUCUUUCACCUCCUCCUCCAUUAGAACAUCAGGGUCCUGAGCAGAUGAGUAUGAGUAAUCUCCAGAGAAAUAUCGAAAACCUAUAUGAAUACAAUGCUAUGCUAAGGGAGAAGUUGAUUGCUGCACAGUCAAUGCUUCAUGCUCUAGCAAACAAAGAGCCGCCUUCAGCAGACAGCAGCUCUGGCAGCUCUACAGCCAAAUGACCGGGCUGGGAAGAUGGCCAUACAAAAACUAAUUGGUAAACUACUCGAUCUUAUAUUUGAUGAUUGGCUGGGAUAUCUGAGAAUUGCGAAAAUAGCCAAGAAGCCAAACAAUGAUUGCUGCUGACGCAAUUUAUCUGGUGUGAAUGUUUUGAAUCUGGGACGAAAACCAUUUCACUAACAUACCCCUGUUGACAAAAUCAAUGAAAUGGUGCAGAAAAGUUGCUUGGGCGUUGUCUGUGGGUGCUAUAUGCUUUGGUCUUGGUCUGUAUGUUAAGGAACUCGGGGAUUUCAAGCCCUUGCUAACAGAACCAUUAUGAAGACUAUUGCAUUACUUGCUUAAUUGUUGUAAUCUUUUUUCACACAUUGUUGUGUAAUAGUAUGUAAUGUAAUGUGUUCGAGUUUCUACAUGCUGGAGCUGUAUAUUCUGUAUGAAUGAGUGGGAUUGAUGUUUGAGAAACUGCAGUCUACAGUAGAGUUUCUGCAUAUCAGUUAUAUAUUUGUACAGUGAGUGGGAUUAAUGUUUGAGAAAAUCCCAGACUAUGAUUAUGUACUCUACCUCUUUACUGUUAUUUCUUAGUUUUGUGUAUCUAUACACCACCUGUGGUUCAACAAGAUGAAAUUAGGUUAACGAAGUUUUGGUUUUAUUUUAAA